AUGUCACAGAAACCUCAAUCCUGACUAUUUAAUCAGCAGCAUCCAGCCACCAGUGCUGGAAAGUAGUGAGCAAACUUAGCCUGCAGUUUGUUUCCAUUGACAAUCAUUAUGCAGAGCAUUAAAAACAUGAAUGAAUUUGAGAGCUUUCUGAAGGAUGCUGGUUCCAAACUUGUUGUCGUUGACUUCUCAGCAAAAUGGUGUGGUCCAUGCAAAAGAAUUGGCCCUGUUGUUCAUGAAAUGGCUAUGCGAUAUGAAAAUGUGAUAUUUGCUAAUGUGGAUGUAGAUGCUGCAGAGGAGGUGGCUAGUUCGUGUCAAGUCAAAUCCAUGCCCACCUUUCAGAUGUAUAAAGAAUCCCAAAAGAUAUUUGAAUUCAGCGGUGCCGAUGCCAAAAAGCUGGAAGAAAAGAUUCAGGAACUAAUAUAACGAACGGAUUGCUCCAUUAAUUACAUCUUCAUCAUGACUUAGAGCUUUACUUGUAUGUUAUCAGCUCAUUUAAAAAUAUUCCAAAACUGCUCAGAAA